GCACACUCUUCUACCUACGGGUUUGUUUACCAUACUGUCUUCUUCGCCUUGCUGAUACACCUUCGUACGCUACGACACUACCUAGUAGCGUUGCACCUUGCACUGUUCCGCUGUUAUAUACCUCAAAGCACGGGAGCAUAAUGGCGACAACCUCUCGAAGUUCUGCAGUCAAGCGCCUCAUGAAGGAGUUGGCUGAACUGCGAAACGACCCUUCUCCGGAGUUUACGGCUGCCCCACUAGAAGAAAAUCUAUUUGAAUGGCACUUCACCAUUCGCGGUCCAGCUGAGGGAGGAUUUGAAGGUGGAAGGUUUCAUGGAAGGCUCAUUUUCCCAUCUGACUAUCCAUUUAAGCCCCCAAACAUCUCUUUCCUAACUCCAAACGGUCGCUUUGAGGUCGGGAAAAAGAUAUGUCUUUCAAUUACUGGCCAUCAUCCAGAGUAUUGGCGUCCAGCAUGGGGAGUUCGGACAGCACUAGUUGCUCUCAUAUCCUUUCUCCCCACGAAAGGAGAUGGAGCAAUUGGUGCGUUGGACUAUACGGAAGAGGAGCGCAAGGCGUAUGCGACAAAAAGUAGGGAGUGGAUAUGCCCAUCAUGUGGCGUGAAAAAUUCGGAAGCUCUACCGGAUGAAGCCGAUGCUCCCAGUGAACGGCUGCAAGCUGAUCCCGAUAUAUCCUUCACUACAGCGGAUACAGGAAAGAAUGCUGCAGGGGCCCAGUCGACGGAAUCAGCAAGGGAAACGGUAGAGGAACCUCUAGUAGAUCGUGCAAAUACGGGGGAAGAUAACCAAUCACAUGCCAGCGUCGACGAGUUGCCGAAGUCGUCAGAACGAUCACCGACGUCUGAUCAGGAGACAAAGUUAGCUACCGCACGAUCGCAGGCACAGGUACAAGCAGCCUCGCAUUCAAGUCCUGCAGCUACGGGAUCGACUAGUUCAGCUUCACAAAACUCAACGAGCAUGCGCAGGCGUCCUAGCGCAGUGACGAGAGGUUUGGCUGACCGAAGAGCGGCUCAGCCCGGUAUUCCCAAUACUCUUCCUCAGCUGCAACAACAAGUACGCCAGAUUGAUCAACUGUUGGGGCUGGUCCUCUUCCUAUUAGCAAUUUUGGUGAUGCGGCGGAUGAGCGUGUGGUUUGGGGACUCAGAGGAAAUACCAUUGUAAAAUAAGACAUUUAUAUGCGGUUUUGGUAGUCUGGCAGUGUUUAGGAAAGCAUUUAUUGAUUAUCAUGUUUGGUGUCUCAAUAACUUUGCAUGCGGACUACACAUGCG